CCCAUACACUCUCUACAUUUUUAAUACUGCAAUAAAACCUCCUACAACUUAUUUCUUGAGGGCUUGAACUAGGACUCUAUUGAAUACCCAUUAUAUCAUAGAAGCUGUCCCGUCUACACUUUGUGCGCCCCAGCAUCCUAGCUCUGUUUCGCCAUGGACGUUGUCAACGCCAUCAAGUUCAAAAUCGACGAGCUCACCACUCGCUCGGUAACUCUAUUCCCUACUCGGGCGCAAGUCUACCGAGAAUUGAAAAAUGUCCAACUCAAGCCGGGCGUCAACGAAAUCACCGUCCACGGGCUUACCCCGACCUUGGAUAUCGACUCUGUCAAGGUUGAAGGCUCUGGAUCUGCUGUAAUUACUGAUAUAUCUGUCGAACUACGCCCCAAUAAGGAGACGUUUAGUCUUGUGUACCCGGAUGAUUCUGAAUCAGAUGAUGAUGACCUGGAAUACACCGAAAUAAAGGACAGCCCUGCUCUGCUAUCGGCAAAGGCAAAAGCCGACAAAUUGAGCGACAAAUUCCACUCCUUUAAAGAAAAGGAAGCAAGUGCUUUGAAACGUCUCGAAAUUCUUGAUUCGUACUCGGCCUCGCUCAAUGGAGAAACAAACAGCGACAUUGCCAAGUUUAUGGACCAAUACAAAGAAGCCCGCCUCACCGCAUUUCAAGACAGCGAAGAGGCAAAACAGGCAUUGCGCGACAUGCGUAAUGAAUUAGACGAAGCAAAGGAGGCGGUAUCCAAGUUACAGAAGAUUGUCAACAAAGCACGUCAGAAGCAUUCGACUGCCAGCUCUAAGGAGAGGCAGAAACGUCGCAGCGCUCGUUUGGAGAAGAACGCCGAGAAGGAACGUAUUAAGAAGGAGCGCCUCAAGUUUUGGCCCAACAUGUGCCACUGCGUCACUGUCACUCUUGAUGUAAACAUGUCAACGCCGCUUUCAUCUCGCCGAAACUCCAUCUCGAGCGAGAUUGACCUCGUCAAGGUUGCGGAAGAUACCAUUGAGGAUAGCGACGCCGUCACCACUUGCGACCUGCUACUAUCCUACAUGACUUCGUCGGCUUGGUGGACACCAAGCUACGAUCUACAGCUUUCUACCACUGCGAACAACGCCACCAUGUGUUUCGAUGCCCUUCUACGCAACCAGACUUCAGAGAGCUGGAAAAACUGCAAGGUUUCUCUCUCCACGUCAGAAACAGCAUCCUCUGGUCUAGAUGACGAGAUUCCUAAGCUGCUGCCGUGGCACAUUAGACUAAGCGGCAAGAAGCAAGAGUUUGGGUUCAGCACAGACAUCACGAGAAGCGCCAAUGAGAUCUCCAAUCGAGCCAACUAUGCUAGUAAACUAUCUGUGAAAAAGGCAACCAAUACCGGUAGAGGGUACUUUGGUGCAUCGACAGCUGUAGAUCAAAUGGCCCCGUCGCAGAACAACCACUUGCAGGCUGAGCUUCAAUUUCAACAGCAACAGCAAAUGCAACAACAACAACUACAGCAGCGGCAACUUGAUUCACGGCGCGUUGGCUUAUUUGGCUCUGCAACAGGAUCCAGUGCUUUCGGGGCACCUGCUCCUGCGGGAGGAUUUGGCAAUGCUGCUCCUCAAGCGUCGGCGGCGGCAGCCCCGGUUGCUUGGUCCUCUAACGCGAUAUCAGCGUCUAAUCAGAUGAACCAAAUGAACGAACAUGAUGAAAAGAUGGAUCUGGCAGAGCCACCAACUGAUGACAAUGUCGAUUUUGAAGAGUCAUUAAUGGAGGCAACGGGCCUGACGACUACGUACGAUCUACCAGGCACCAAGACCAUGACGCCAAAGAGUGUGGCAUCUAAGCAACGCGUUGCUAGAAUCAACUUUGGCAACGUUUCGUUUAGCCACACUGUGGUUGCCAAGUACAAGCCUGUUGCUUAUCUCAAGGCAAAGCUCAAGAACAGCAGCAAACUCAACUUGAUGCAAGGCGCUGCCGGCCUUACGCUUGAUGGAACGUUUAUCGGGCGCAGCAAGAUUCCUCGUUGCAGCUCUGGGGAUGUCUUCACUCUGAACUUGGGCGUUGACCCUGCCAUCAAAGUGUCGUACCCCAAGCCUGAGGUGCGCCGGGCAACAGCGGGCAUCUUUAAUAAGGAAGACAGCUCGGUGUAUGCUAGAGCCAUCAUCCUCUACAACACAAGGGCCACCUCAGAUAGAGCUGCAUCUAUGCUGGUGCUGGACCAGAUUCCGGUUUCUGAAGAUGAUAAGUUACGCGUGGAUGUAGUGACACCUACUGGACUGGUUCAGGAAGGAAAGGCCGUCGCUACUGGCGCCCCAUUACGGGAGAUGGGCAGAGAUAAGGACUGGGGUAAGGCGUCUGCUCGACUUAAGGAGAGGGGUCUGGUUCACUGGAACGUGGAUUUGAACGCAGGCAAGGCUGUAAAGCUCUGGUUGGAAUACUGUGUGACGCUUCCUACUGGUGACAGCGCCACUGAGUGCUGAAGUAGAUGGAUUGCAUCUGCACCAAUAGUUUGAAUCAUCUAAAUUGAACGCCGAAAUCGGUACAUGAAUAUGGAAUCUAGCUAGUUCGUUAUAUAGCAAGACAAGUCGUUUAAAGGAAAAGAAAAUUGAAACCAGGCCUAUACACAUAAUAUAAAGGCAGCAAAGAUGCAUUUGAGUG